AUGUCAAAAGACAAUUUUAACACUCGCGCGGCACUGUUCGCCUCGCCGGUCAAUUCACCACCUUCCAAGAACUCAAAUUCCGUCUCUCCAGGUGGUGUCCCGAAGAAGAAGGUUGCAAGAGAGAAGCCGCUAAUACCACCGAUUUUUGGAAAGGAGCAUGCACCAGAAGCUCCAGAAGACGUUGAAGACGUUCCAAAAGCUCCAAAAGCUCCAGGAGCCGUUGAAGACGUUCCAGAGGAAAAGGAACCAAUGGAAGUGGACACGUCAAUCAUUCUGUCUCCACAGAAGGCGACGCCACGUCGUCAAGCUCCUGCCACGUCAUCAGCGUUGAAUACUCCAGAAGCUUCAACAGCCGUGAAACUCGACAAAUUGUAUGAGAAACUGAUGCGGGAAAAUGAGAAGAUCAAUGAGGACAUGUCGAAGAUUCGUGAAGAAAAAGCAAUUCGGGAGGCAAAGCUCAAGCAGGCUGAAGAGGUCACAAGCUCCGCCCACAUCUCCUCAGUCACCCAUGAACCGAUCACCGUCACGAUGGAUCUAGACUUUUCGAUCAGAAAGACAGAUUUCAAUGUGACAGUUAGAGAGGAGGAGAAGCCAGAGGAAGUUGUGAGAAGACUAUUCGAAAAUUUUCUAUCAAUCACUGGGGAAGGUGGCGAGAAGGCUAAAAUGGAGUUGGAACAAUCGGAGAAGAAGAUUGAGAAAUUGAAAAACAAGCUCAAAAAACUCAAAGCAAUCGAAAAGGAGAACGAUGAGCAUCGCGCCAAGAUGGAUGUCAAGUACCAGGAGCGGCUGGAUGAUAACAUGGCGCUGGACGCAAGAUUUGAGAGGCUGGAAGACCUCAAAGCCCGCUAUCGUCCAGUCCGAAUGGACUUUGGAUUCUAA